GAAUGACUGACUUGGUGAGAAGAAAAGGAGCGUUUGAGAACAUCGUUCCGACUUCAAGUCACAGGCUGAAGUAAUGUGUAACUUGCUAUUUUCACAAUUCAUUCGCCAACAAAAGAGCUCUUCUCACGCAGACUUGGUAAACUCCGCCCAGUCGCCACGUAAAGGAAAUAAUGUGGGUCACGUAAUCAAGCGCACCCUCAGCUCACACUGACUGUUGAAUGAGAAACACAAAGAACCGGUGAUUUUUUUUUCAGGAAACACACGUCGCCUCUACGCCUCUAGACAAACAUGGACACGGGUCUCAGCCAGGAGAAGAUUACUAACUUCAUAAAACGUCUGCGGGCAGAACCGCGCUAUCUCUUGGCCCAGAAUGUGUCGACGUGCACCGACCCACUUGAGGUCUGUCUGCACCGGCAGACUGUUCAGGACACUGUUCACAUCUUCCAGCAUACUAUUCCUACAGAGGGCAAACCAGUCACAAACCAGAAAGGCUCAGGGAGAUGUUGGAUCUUUUCGUGCCUCAAUGUCAUGCGUCUUCCUUUCAUGAAGAAGUUCAAUAUAGAGGAGUUUGAGUUUAGUCAGUCCUACCUCUUUUUCUGGGACAAGGUUGAGCGUUGCUACUACUUCCUUCAGGCCUGUGUGGAAACUGCACAGAGGAAGGAGCCUGUGGACGGACGGCUUGUCCAGUUCCUGCUUUCGAACCCAACUAAUGAUGGAGGACAGUGGGACAUGCUGGUCAAUCUUAUUGAAAAGUAUGGCGUCAUUCCAAAGAAAUGCUUCCCAGAGUCACAUAGUUCCGAGGCGUCACGCAGAAUGAAUGACAUCCUCAAUCACAAGCUGAGAGAAUACUGCCUACGACUGAGGAACAUGGUGGCCAGUGAUGCGUCCGAAUCUGAGCUCUCCGAUGCAAUGGACAGUAUGAUUGAGGAGGUAUUCCGAGUGGUCAGUGUUUGUCUAGGCAGCCCACCUGAGACCAUCAGUUGGGAAUACAGGGACAAGGACAAGAACUUCCAUCGCAUCGGACCGCUGACUCCCAAAGAGUUCUACACCCAACAUGUUCAACCUCUCUUCAACAUUCAGGACAAAGUCUGCCUUGUGAACGACCCCAGACCUCAGAACCCGUUCGGAAAGCUGUACACUGUGGAGUACCUGGGCAACAUGGUCGGAGGUCGCAGCACUCUGUAUAACAACCAGCCCAUCCAGCUGUUGAAAAAGGCUGCGGCCGAAUCCAUAAAGGAUGGAGAGGCGGUCUGGUUUGGUUGUGACGUCGGCAAACAUUUCCAUGGAAAGCUUGGAAUUAAUGAUCUUAAUGUGUUCAACCAUGAACUGGUGUUUGGAGUUUCGAUGAAGAAUCUCUCUAAGGCAGAGAGACUAGUUUAUGGAGACUCGCUGAUGACCCAUGCUAUGAUUCUCACGGCUGUCACUGAUAAGGAUGAAAAGGAGGGCUACGAGAAGUGGAGAGUGGAGAACUCUUGGGGUGAUGACCGUGGAAACAAAGGUUACCUGAUCAUGACCGAUGACUGGUUCUCCGAGUACGUGUACGAAGUGGUGGUGGACAAGAAGUUCCUGACAGAUGAAGUUCUGGACGUGAUGAAGCAAGAGCCAGUGAUACUCCCCGCCUGGGACCCCAUGGGGUCCCUGGCAUAACCGCUGAAGCGUUUUAAAAACCUCUGCCCCCGGAGUCUCUUCGACCCUGCCCUCCAUAUGGCUGCUUUUACCCCUCUGUGACUUAAGAAAGAGCUCUCCUCAAGAAAGAAAAAACACAUUUCUUUUAGAUAAAAAAAAAUAAAGACUUUGUUUUCUUUUUACGAA